AUGGUCCGGAAGCUGCUAUCGACCAUGGAACUUCUCUUUGGUGAAGGCACCGGUCCCCGGUUUCGUUCAAGCUUCACUUCCAGAAACGCGGAUAACACGGCACCAGGCGAGAACAACAUCGUGGACAAAUGUUCCAACAUGCUCUGCCUUAGUCCGGAGUUGCAUCGGUUCUGGGAGAAGGGACUUCUUGCUCUAGAGCCCGUGGGCCACUGCCGAAGGCUGAAGGGUUCUGGGGACUCUUGGGAAGCCCUAGACAUGAAGCUCAGCGAACUCAACCUUGAUGGCACCAGUCGAGAGGACGAGGAAACCGAUGAGAAGCUGUCGUCGAUGUUCACCUCCGCCUCCGACACGGAACCAGUUAUAACUCACUAUGUUCCCAGCAAGAGGUCAAGCCAAGUCGACAUGGACCUUGACCACGAUGUCAAAAACCGGCGGACAGAUGAGAAGGGCAAAACGCCUGACACCUUCGGCAAGGGACAACCGCUUCUCAAGCAGGACAUGGACGAUAGGUACGAGCACGGCAUCGUGCUCCGGUUCCAUUGGCUGCCUGCCACGACCUUGACCAAGCUUGACGCGAAAACCCCCCCUCUCGACACCAAUCCAUGCGACAUACAAGCACCCGACGAUAACUUUACGUCGCAGCACUAUACAUUUUCAGGACGUCCAGUUGCUGAUGAAUGUAUCAUCAGGAUCUGGGCAAAGAACCCGGAUGAGCUUCCUGACUGGGACGCGUUGCAACUUCAAUGGGUUGCUCUCAGGAUUCUGCGCUUGGGUGGAGCUGCUGACCCGGGCAUUUACGACCCGCACUGGACCGACGACGACGAGAAUUUCAGCUUUCGAGUUGAGAACGAUAGUGAGUCACUCGUCCAAGAGCUUGUCGACGAGAUGGCCUCAUCCGCGAGGUAUUCCACGAACACCUACGAAUAA